ACACAGCCCUCCGCGCCGCGGCACCCGUGGGCAGUGCACGUACUCACGGCUGCUGAGGGGCUUCGGCGGGGCUGGGCGAGGAGGAGGAGGAAGAGGAGGAAGGGUAGGUGUCCCUUGCGGCCGCUUGCUCCCCGCCCGCCGGCUGCUAGGAACCGCCUGGGUCUCCCUCCUUUCCCCCGCUCCCUUUUUGCAGGGUUUUAGCCCCACACGCUCGUGCACACGCGUGGCCGCCGUCACGCGUGGGAGGGCGCGGCGGGGCUGCCGGCGCGGGGGCCUCUCCCGCUUUAGCGGAGCCGUCUGCGGAGCGCAGCUCAGAGCGGCUCCGGGCAGGGAGGAGGCAGGACGGCUCCCGCCCGCUGCCCGGCCUCUGACCGACCCCGGCAGCGUCCCUGUCCCCGUCCCUGUCCCGCCCUCCGGCUACGGCUCCGUCCAAGGAAACCCGAGCGGUGCCGGACGUCGGGGGUUUCAGCACUUCACUGUCCGCGAAACUUCAGCCUCUUCCCGAGGAGCAUCCGUCUGCUGCCCCGAGGGGCCACUUCGGUGAAGGAAAGUGGUCCUUUGCACAUCAGCAGGAUGGCACGGACCAUGAGACCCGACGACAUCAACCCCCGGACGGGGCUGGUGGUGGCUCUGGUCAGCGUCUUCCUGGUGUUCGGCUUCAUGUUCACCGUGUCUGGUAUCAAGGGAGAGACCUUGGGGGACAUCCCACUGCUGGCCAUUGGGCCAGCCAUCUGCCUGCCCGGCAUUGCUGCCAUUGCUCUCACCAGAAAGACCGACGGCUGCACCAAAUGGCCCAAGAACAAGUGUCCAUGCUGUAAGCAAGUCAAGGACCGGGAUGUCAUGGAGCUGCUGAGGACACCCUCGGACCUGGAGUCUGGCAAGGGGAGUUGCGAUGAGCUGGCCAAGAAAGCAUACCAGAAGGACAGGAGAGAGCUGCGAGGUGAGGACUCUGUGUCCAUCUGCACCACCACCACCACCACCACCACGGGUGAGUGCAAGAGCCUCAUCAGAAAGGUGGAGCAGGACGAGAUGCUAAGAUACCUGGAGACCUGUUACCCAGAAAUGCCAGGGAAUGUGUUUGUGGGAGAUGGCUCCGUGUACAGUGCCUUGGAGAAGAAGAGCUCUUCUCCCACCAGGGACAGCACUGAUUGCCCUGACAUUGAAGACAACAUUUUUGUUGCUCCUAAAGACAGUAUCAUUGUCUGCUCUUACAAGGACAACAGCCCUUAUGACAGAUACUGUUGUUACAUAAACCCUACUGGAGUCAACUCAGACCAGGAGACCAUAGUGUGAAGGAUGCAUACUUUAUAAAUAUGUAUGUAUACAAAAACUACAACUUCAACUUCUUGAUAGGGGAUAAUAUAGCUGACUGCACUGCAUGGGACAAUCCUGAUACUAUUACAAUUUAACCUGGUAUGUGACUGAUACUCAAACCUUUUGUGCCUGAAAUACUCUUUCUGUAAGUAAACAAGCAUGUUUAAAGGCUAAAGAAUUCAAUUCUUCAUUUUGGAAAAAAAAAAUAAUUUUAUUUUCAUUUUCUCCCUUUCCCUCUCUUAUAUUUUUCUGCUGCCUAUUGUACCCAAGCCCGUAGACACAUUGACAGGAGGACAGUAGUGGCUGUCAGCUGAAAUCAGGAGCUGAAUCAAAACUCUGGAGCUGUCUGCAGGAAAGAAUGUGGUGCUCUAUGGCUGAAUGGAUCUUAGCAAGUGUCACUUCAUUUUAGGAGGGACUGAGAGAUGUCAGCAUGCACUCUAAUAGCUGACUGACAUUAGGGACUGUAGAAGUCUUUUGCUUCUUUUCCUUCUUCCUGGCAGGUUUUUAUUUUCCUUUGCUUCAAGGAAUUGCUGACCCCGUGGGCUCUUCUCAAAGUCUCCUAGGAGCCACAUAAGCUCAGGGGAGUUUUCAAAGGCUGAUUAAUCCACCAUCAAUAGCAUGCAAAGUACAGGUUUUAGUUUUCUUCCCCACUCGUAUUGAGUUCACUGGAAUGUUUCUAACACUUUUGGAUUUUGUAGGCAUACUUGACAAGGAGAUUACAUCAUGAUCAUGACACAGUUCUUGCAGACACUAGGAGCAGAUGUCGCUGGACUCAGGUCUUAAAAAUAUAUUUCAGUACCUCUAAAGUUGCUCAGAUAAUAGACUUCUGUGGGUUGUGUUCAGAGCUGGAUUUGACCCUUCCAAAAAUGUAAUUUUCAUGUGCCUUUUCUAAAAUGCCGGUUGCUUCUCUGUUGGUGACGAAUGGUUAUGGUCUGCUCAGGGGUCUCAAAGCCAUGCUUUGCUGGGGGAAGGGAAUGGAGGGCCUGGCUGGCAGGUGUUUUUUGUUCACAGUUUAUGGAUACAUAGCAAGCGAAAUAUGAAAUGAACAAUGAGGAUUAAUGAUUCAAAAUCCAAGCCUGAGUCUUACACACAGAAACAGAAAUCCUGGCUACUCUGUCCAACAGUAAAUUGCAUGUUCCAUGCUGCAUAUAAACAUCUGAUCUGGCCUCUACUGUGUAGAUAACAGAGAUGUGGUAUGGUAUGAUGUGCAUGCCAAGCAGCUGUUCUCAGGGUUAAGCUCUUAGGGGAAUGGUCACUAAAGCAUAGAGUAAUUUGCUAGCAUCUCACAAAGUUCCGGUUUCUAUGACUAAACUCUCAUAAGUCCAAAAAAUACCUCUCUGAUGGAAGUCUUAGUAACUGUUCUUAGUUGUUUGUUUUUUUUUUUUUUUUCAACCAUAAGUUGUACUAGACAGAUGUAUUGAAUUACCAAGGUAGGAAAGAAGUAAAAUUCCCUUCCUUUUGUAGCAACCUGAGUUGUUGUGUAGAAAGUGGCAAGGAAUUUUCCACUGAAAGGAGAUAUUCUUUGCUGCCCACCAAAUUGUUUGGAUAAUUAAUGGAAACUUUAUGUGUCUAUCAGUUUAUUUUUUUGGAAACUUACAUCAAAUUGUUACAGACAACCAGUCUCUGAAAAGGUUUUCAGAAGAAGGAAAUAAAAUUUUUUACAUAAGAUAGUUUAGUUUCAUUCAGACCGAGCAAGAUGUUAAUGCUUUGUCCAGGCUUUGGGGGGGCAUCAGAGUGCUAUUACGACAAAUUAAAAAAAUACAAGCUAGUUGAAGUCAGACAAGACAUCUCAGUAGUUAGUUACAGGCAGCUCUGCUGCUCUGGCAUCUAGCAAUAGUACUGUGGGAAUAAAUAAACACUUAUACUCUUUACAGCCCAGGUUUUAUCCACUGAGCAAAGGAAUUCUGCAAAAACAGACUCUCUCCAUGACAUGUUCAGCUGCCGUUCCCACAAAAAAGCAUGUUGUUGUUGUCAGACAGAUUGUCUUCUCCAGGCUUAGUCACUGCAGGACCUUAUUCUGCAAUGUACAGAGCAGCUCUUUGAUGGUACUGGGAACUCUUAUCUCAUGACUUCUGAAGCCAACAGCUACAAUACUGCUGAUGAGGAGUAGGGUUAUUAAUCUCUUUCUGUUCCCAAGGGAAUCAGGUGAGGGUCUCAGCCUGUGCCCACGGGUGCUCAGCAUUUCUGAAGAUCAGACCCACUGUAAGAAAACAGGCUACCAGGUAUCUGCGUCCUGCCUUUGCUGGGGCUGUGAGCAAUCGCUCGCCUUGCAUAAGAGAGCAAAGCAUCAGCCCGCUGGGAACCUAGAUUUGUACAGUUCUGCAAAUAUAUAUAGGAAGAGGUCAAGUUUUUCCAUUUUGUCGAGGAUUAGAUGUUCUCUGUCAAAAGUUAUAUGGGGUUUUACAAGGCAAGAGGGCAAACUUUAGUGACAAAUGGAACAGUAAAUAUAUAACUGGAGAUGCAGCCAUGCAGAUCUGGUCAUGUGCUUUAUUCCAUUCUUCAUGUAGAAACGAGAGGAUGCUUGUCUUAAGCAAAGUUUGAUGGGAGAGAAAGUUUCCCACGCUAUGGAAAGAGAUGUGCAAAAUUUAUGUGUAAAACAUUGUAUUUACAGGCAUGAUAUUUCCUUUGUUCAUUUUGCUGAGGUAAGAUUUCAUACAAAAUACAAGUUUAAGCAAUAUUUCUAGGCUAAUCCAUCAAAACCCACUAAAAUUUUUUAGUGAAUAUGUGGGAAUUUGAUAUUAAUACUGCCUCUGAAAUCUAUUUCUCUGAGUUUUUCGUCCUUUCUUCUCUGAUAGUUAAGCAGGGAAUGAAAUGGAAAUGAAUUAAUUAGGCCAUGUCAAAAUUAAGAAUCUGUCCAUUUAAAAAUGAAGGGCUUGGUGGUGGUGGUUUGAUUGGGUUUUUUGUUCUUGUUGUUUGUUUGUGGUUUUGUUUGUUUGUGUUUGUUUUGUUGUCGUUAUUUAUUUUGUUUUGUUUUACAUAAAGUGAGGUUUUUUUCAUACGCUAUGCUUUUGCCAGUAGAAAUCUGCUGUUUAUUUGAUGAAAGAUGGCAUGGCAGCAGUUUCAAGCUUUUUAUGCAGAUACCAUGCCCAGGCCAGAGAAUUACUGGGGUUCUAUUUUCUUUCAGCUCAUGUGCUCUCUUCUGAUGGCCACUGGAACUUGUAGGACCAGUGCUGAUCUUGGAACAAGCAGCAAUAAUCGCAUCGCUUUUCAGAGGCAGCUUCUAGUCCUGGGUCUGAACUUCAGGCUGCCACAGCUUGGGGCGCGAUUCCAAGCCAGGACCCAGAGAUGAGAGCUUCUUUCUGUCCUCGCUACCUUCAAAACACCUCUGGGUCAAAAUCCCACUUUCUCCUCAGUGCUGUCCUCCACACAAAGCAUGCAGUUGUAGUGGAGCUCUGUUUGUGGGGUUAAUGCCUGGUCUUGUUGAAGUCAGUGGCCACGUAUUGCUUGCUCCUACAGCACAGGUGGCAUGGCACGUAUCAGCGUUUGAAGAAAACCAGUGAUUUGGACAUUCACAGAAGGUUCCUGAUAUAUAUACAGAAUUAAUUUUUAGAAUAGCAUUUGUCAUAGUGCUACAGUUAUCUUCUUUUAAGAAACAAUGUGAUAUACAGAUAAACUCUAUGCAUGGCAAUUGUGUGUUGCUGUGGUUAGAUUUCUGUUGUCAUAAAUAGCAUUUUUACGGUCAUACAAGCUGAUAAUUGCAAAGCCUUUAACAGAAAAUUGGGAGUUUUAAUCAGUGUGCAGUUUGUCCCCCUGGAGCACUAAACAAUAGCUUGUCCUUUCUGCCUGGAACCAAAUGGGUGGGAGGUGCGCAUGCUCAGGACUGUGUCGCUGCAUUGUAUUCUCGAUCUGCAUUCUGCAGAAAUGUGGUGCUCUUCCACAGGCAGUUCUUCACGAUCCAAGCCAAUCUCUCUGCAGUCUUGGCUCCAGUAACUAUUUAUUAUGUUGUAAUUAGCAGAUUAACAGCUGCUGUGACCCUCUCUCAGCAUUUCUCCUGGUACAUACCAGACUGUUUGCAGAAUGAGAUACUGAUCUUGGUUGGGCUGGUAGAAUCUGACCCCAAAUCAUCCAUCCUAUGUAAGCUGUUAUGUUGAGACGUCCAACUAAAUCAUCAGUUCUUGCACCACAGGCCUGGGAUUUUGCAUCUCUAUGUAAUAACUUUUACACUAAAGGUGCCAUAGAGAUGGGUUAGAGGGGGGUGACUGUCAGGCCUCGAAGGCACUUCCAGCCACAUUUCCAUGAGCAUUUAGUGACUGAUCUAUUUAUAUGCAGAACACAGUCUGCACUAAAAACUUGAAUCUAAACACGUUGCCAGUAAAGCCAUAUUGCUAGCAUUCCAACAUGGGAGAUUUUCUGGGUCUUGGUAGGUUUCUCUGUAAGUUUCUAAUAUCAAUCAUAUUAAAACUUGCAGAGGAGUUUCCUAAUAUGUAGAGUAGAGGAGUUUUCCUGAUGCAUUCUGAACACACAGCAUGAAGCAUCGUCUGCAAAGCAGCUCAUGCUGAGCCCAUUUGUGCUCUGCAGCCAGUCUGAACACGCAGUCCCUAUCGGGCUGACUGUUGGCAGGUUUGUUACUUCUGUGGUACUAUGGGCCCUUUUAUGCCUGGUCUUUAGAAACAGCACAGAGAACAGAUCUAGAAUUCACUUUUAAUGCUCUCUGGCAAACUUUCAUCAGUAAGAAUUACCUUUAAUUUAUCAGUCCUGACAGUGGAGAAAUUCCAGACCAUGUAUGUCUUUACUAGGCAAGGAGAUCCAGCUUUCAUUCAUUUUUAAAUCACAGCUUAUUUUCUGUUCAGAACAGUUGCAAGGAUUAGCCCUGACUAUCCUGUUGUCAGAUACAUGCAGAAGUGUUUAUGCUUCAUCUUUUUACUUACAAAUACUGCAGCAUGCAUAGAUGUAAAUACAUUAUGCAUUUGUUUGCAAAAGCAGGUUACAGAAUACACAAGCACAGCAAUAUAUUAAUUUGAGAUCUGCUCAGAGGACCCCUCUGCUUUUCUGACACCUGACACAAAUUUUCUGCACUUUAAAAUUCCUUCUGUCCUUUAGGAGAAGACAAUUUUUCUAGAGAUGAACUCUGUUGUGGUUCCUUAAGGACACACAGUUCUUUUAACAGGAUACAUAGAGUUUAAAGGCUCCAGGUCUGUGUUUUGUUACAGCCCCUGAGAAAUCCUGGCUCCAUCAUGAAUUGCAAACUGAAAUUUUCCAGUGCUUUGCAUUCAGCAUUUCUCCAAACUGUUGGUAAAAAACUUGAACCCUUGGUCAAUUCUGACAGAUACAGUACUAGUAAUUUUUAAACGUACAGUUUCGUUACUCUAGGGAGAGGAAAAGGCAUAAAUACUUUGAAAAUCUGGCUCUGUACUUUGGUCUAGUGGGGCAAGAACAGAAGAAGAGGUAUUAUUCAUGAAAUCAAGAGAGACCAAAAAGGCUCACAGACAGUAUUUCAUUACUUUUUUAGAUUAAGUGUGUUAUAUUCUGGUCACAUAGGCAAUAUGUUUAGAGCAUUUUUCCAUUUGUGUAGCUUCUUCUUGGUAGCUUACGCUGAACAGGCUCCUUAGGUAGGAACAGAGAGUGUUUUUCUGCCUGGAGGCAGGAUGGAAGAGUUACAGAAAAAAAAUUGAUACGUAGUAGGAAUCUGGUGCCAGGAAAGCUGAUUCGUUUUCAGAUCUUAUCAAGACACUUAUUUGCACCCCAUAGUAUUUUACUGAGAAAUGCAGUGAUAAUCAUUAGCAAUUACAUGCACUCAUGAACAUAAGGAUGCUCUACAGUAGCUUCAUGUUUGGUAUUCACCGACUAGGAAGUACCUAUUCUAUUUCAACUAAAAUCCAAGGCAAAAUUCACAAAGAUGUAACAGUAAAAAUUUAGUGUGGAACUUCAAGGUCAAACUUAGUACUGUGUGAAAACUGUUAAAUCCAGCACUAGAAGUUAGUUCUAAAAUGUUGCAGAUGCACAUAAGAUGUAGUGGAGUGGAGAGCUGAGGUACAAAUACAGAAGAUGAGGUAGGUUCGUUCCCUGUCUGAACCAGGGGACUGUGGUUAGUGUACUAUGGAACAUUAAAUAGCACCAUGUGGACUCAUGCAUGCUCAUUGGAAGGUUACAGUCAUUGGGUUCCCACACAAUCAAGUUCUACAAGACCCACUGUCUCACAUUUCAGACCGGUUGGUUUAUAACUGUACUUCAGAAAGCACAUUUUAGCAAAUUUUAAAUUAGGAAGAGGGGGAAUUUUCCACUGUUUUCUUAGAGGACAGUAUUGGAUUGCAAAUUAUUUUAUCUUUGAAUUCCAAUUUAGAAUGUAACACUGUACAAUCCAAUGUUUUACACUGACUGGUGUGAAGUAGGGGAAAAUUCGAACACGAAUUAGGAGGACAGAAUAUUCAUUAGCUGAAAAGCAGAUGGGAGCCAGCUGGAGAAUUAUCUGAGUAAUCUUGCAUAGCCUUGUCUUUUUACUGGUCCAAAAGGACAGCCCCAGAAAUAUUCUUAACAAACCAAAGAAUCCUACUAUUGAGACCAUUUCAGAUGGAAGGGCUAUUAAUAACUUUUGGGGGCCUGAGUGGGGUGGGAAAGAGUGAUAUUCUACAUGCUGGGGAAGCUCUUACCAACCUCUUCUUCAGAUAUAGAUCUUCAAGAGACCCUGCACCCUCCAACUGCAUGGUCAGGCUUGGCGCUCCUACUAUGCCCUUGCACUGUUUGCAAAGAACACCUGAUUUUGUUCCACUUCACUUUAAAUACUUUUUUUGUUUGUUUGUUUGAGUAAUUAGCUGUAGGAAGAAGCAGAUAACUUUUCUGUUUACACAUAAAGAACCAUAGAAUUGGAGAUUCUCCGCACGUAUUGAUAAGAACCUAAAUAAAAGAUGUUUGCUGCCUAAUCUAGGGGAUAAAGACUAACAUUUUGGUGGCAAAACACAGUCUUUUUCCAAUGCCAAUGGUUUGAACAAAAUGUAGACAGUUUUACACCUGCAAAUACAUUAACCAUUUUUCUUACUUGUUGGGCUUUUUUUAAAGUAUUGUGUUUAUUCAGCCUAUUCCUCAACAUUCUAACUGAAAAAAUAUUGUGAAGGUUUCUUGAUCUAAUUAAAGACUUUCAUAAGUCA